UUUUAGGGAGAUGAACAGCUGGGGGUGUUAAUGUGUUCCGCUUAAUGGAAUGGGCUUCUGCUGCUCAUCUUUAUGAUCUUUUGUCAUUUUUCUGCUUCUGCUUUGAAGCUUGACUGUACAAUUCAGAGUCUUAAUGUCAAGCUUUACUGCUUUGUCCUUUUCCCUCAUGUGAUUUGGAAUCCUUCUUUGUGUUUCAUCAGGUCAGGUUUUUUGAUAAAUUGAAAGGCAGAUCAAGAAUACUGCCUUUUCUUUUCUGAAACAUUUUGCUUGUGAUUGCCAGCUUCUCUUCCUGCUCCAUGGAGAUCUCCUGCACAUUUUGUCUUGUUUGCUGUGUAGAAAAGCCUCCUGGUUCCUAGUAGUGGAUGGUGGUUUACUUCUCGGUCAUGUAGUUGCCAUCUUCUUUUACUUCUCUCUGGAGAUCUGCUUUUGCAUCAACAGCAUCUUGUGAUCUUCUUUACCACAUGCAUGUCUGCUUCUCAGUUCAGUCUGGACAAGGGUUACUGCUGGCAAAAUUUUCUGCAUUAAUCUAGAGCUGUCAGCUUUCGAUAAGGUGAAGAGAAGGAUUCCAAAGAGGUUGAAGUCAACUCCACUUGCUCACUGAAGAAUCCUAUGAGUUUCGACAGCAACAGUCUGCUUCCAUUCUGUCAAUAUGGUUAUGAUUCGGUUCUGAAGAAUUCAUAGAAAACCUUCAAGAUGGGAUGUUCUGCUUCGAGGUUGGAAGAUGAAGAAGCUGUCCAGAUGUGCAAGGAUAGACGAAAUUUCAUAAAACAGGCGAUCGAGCAGAGGAUCCGCUUUGCCUCCGGGCACAUCGCUUAUAUUCAGUCUCUAAAGCGCAUCUCCCGCGCUCUAUGUGAUUUUGUUGACGGACAUGAACACUAUGAUUCAUUUUCAGAUUCAUUCACGACACCGCCAUUCACGCCUGUGAAGAAAUUAAGCCCAGAAAUCAUUGGUAUUCCCUUCAAGUCCUCUGCAUCAACACUAAACCAGCCUGAGAAAAUCAUCGGGGUUCCAUUUAGGUCCUCAGCAUCGGCACAAAACCGGUCUAGGGAAAGCACUUUACAUAUUGCAAGAUACUUGAGAUCAGGAGGAAGUACUUCGGUAUCUGUUGAAGAGUGUCCUCAGCCAACAGAAACAGUGAGAAUUAACUCUUAUUACCCUAUGGAUCAUUAUGGAAGUGAUGACUUUUUUGCCACACAGUCCACACCAUUAAACUCUUCAUUCUUUUCUUCAACUUAUGAUAGGCCAAGCUACCCGCCGGCGUCACCUCGAAAUUCACAGUGGGACUCAUUUUGGAAUCCUUUCUCUUCACUGGAUACAUAUGGAUAUGCAUACCAGGGCAGUUUUGAUCAGGUGAUUAAUGAUGAUGAUAUAGCAGGAUUAAGGCAGGUUAGAGAAGAAGAAGGAAUUCCAGAAUUGGAAGAAGAAGGAACGAGAGGGGAAGAAGAGUGCGUGCAACCAGAAAUCCAGAAUGAAAGACAUGAAGUCGAUUCGGGACAUGCUAGAAUAAAGGAUGCAGGUGAAAAUUCUUCAGGAGCCAAAAAUAAAAAUCGUAAAAAGCGUGAGGUGAAGGAACAUCAAUCUAAGAAUUUGGAGACCAUUGAAGUCUCAGAAACAAAAGAUGCCAUAGAAAUUAAAAUAACUAAAGAGAAGGAGGUGGUAGGAAAGAGAGAGUCUGCAGAAGAAACCCCUGGAUUUACCGUUUAUCUGAACCGAAGACCAACAAGUAUGACAGAAAUCAUGAAAGACAUUGAGUGCCAAUUUAUACGGAUUUGUGACUGUGCUCAUGAGGUUUCAGUAUUGUUGGAAGCAAGCCGAGCCCAGUACUCAUCAACUUCUAGUGAAAUUGCUGUUAAAAUGAUGAACCCAAUUGUUUUAUUCCGGUCUGCAUCAUCACGCUCGUCGUCUUCUAGGUUCUUUCAUGCUGCUCCCAGUUCAGGAUAUGAUGGUUAUGAAAGCAGCAGUGACUAUUCCCAGGAAUCCUGCAUGAUAUCAGGGAGCCACCAAUCAACAUUGGAUAGGUUAUAUGAAUGGGAGAAGAAAUUAUAUGAGGAGGUUAAGGCUGGAGAGCGGAUAAGAAUUGCAUUUGAGAAGAAAUACAUGCAACUGAGGAACCAAGAUGUGCACGGUGAAGAGCCUUCUGCUGUUGAAAAAACAAGAGCAGUCGUAAGAGAUCUGCAUACCCGAUUAAAAGUUUCUAUACAUUCAGUUGAGUCAGUGUCAAAAAGAAUAGAAACUUUGCGGGAUGAGGAAUUGCAUCCGCAGCUGAUCGAGCUACUACAAGGGUUAGCGAAGAUGUGGAGGACGACCGCGGACUGUCACCGGAUCCAGAAGCGCACGAUAGACGAGGCCAAGCUCCUGAUCCUCGCGUCCACCGCCGCCGCCGGGAAGGGCUCGGAGGACGCGGCGCCGCAGCCACGGCAUCCCCGGGCGGCCGCGGCGCUCGAGGCGGAGCUCCGGAACUGGCGGGCGUGCCUCGAGGCGUGGGUCGCGGCCCAGCGGGCCUACGCCCGCGCCCUGGCCGGGUGGGCACUCCGCUGCGGUGACCCCGGGGGCGGCGGCGCGCGGUCCCCGCUCUCCCCGCCGCGUCCCUCGGGUGGCGCGCCGGCUGUGCUGGGCCUGUGCGUGCAGUGGUCGCGGCUGCUGGAGUCGGUGGGGGAGGCGCAGGUGGUGGACGGCCUGGACUUCUUCACGGCCGGGAUCGGGUCGGUGAGCGGGAGGGCGGCGGCCGAGGAGGAGGGGGAGGGAGACGACGCCGCGGCGGCAGCGGCGAUGGCGACGGCGGAGAUGGCCAGGAGGGUGCUGUGUGCAGGGAUGUCGGUGGCCGUCAGCUCGCUGGCCGACUUCGCCGCGAGGUCGGCGGACGGGUACGAAGUCCUGGUGCGGUGGGGCGGCGAUCGAAGGGCAGAAUUGUAAUUUUGUGGUAGUGCAGGUAGUGUUGUAAUUAACUAGCAAAACCGGUGGUCAAAGAAAUCUAUUUGUUAUUUCUGUUCGUCUUAAAUCGGAAAACAGCUGUGGCUUUGAGAUCUGUGAACUCUUAGAUCGGACCUCUCUGGUUUAUCUUCUUUUCUGGGAAAUUAUUCUGCCAUUUUGAUGUCUGUAUAUAAGAAAGAAGCCUUUCGUUCAA